GGCAGUCUGAAAGGUGACGACAGUCUUGCGAGUAAUGUUACCAGAAUAUCACGGGCUAUCAAGCCAGCCAGUUCAGACUCAAUUCCACAAAUAGUGUACUACCAUUACGGCGUUGGAAGUCAAGGUGGCAUCGUUGACAGAGUCUACGGAGGAGCUACAGGGCAAGGCUUGUCCGAAGCAGUACGGGAAGGAUACAGCUACCUUGCGACGAAUUGGGAGAUUGGCGAUGAGAUCUUCUUGUUUGGAUUUAGUCGUGGAGCCUUUACCGCACGCGCUAUUGGAGGCCUCAUCGACAACAUCGGUAUGCUAACCAAGGACGGCCUGCCGUACCUGGCAGAGAUAUUCAGAGACGUUCAACACCGACAUGAUCCGGACUACAAGCCAAAACACCCAAAUAAACCUUUCAAGAACAAACCGAGUGCCAUGGAUCCAAGGUAUCGCCACGAGCUGGAGAGAAGAGGUAUGACGAGACUUCGCGUUCCUAUCAAGGUUAUUGGCGUCUGGGACACUGUCGGCUCGUUGGGUACCCCGAGAAUCGGUUGGCUGGAAAAGAUAGGUGUUCAGAGCUCAGCCAGUAAACGCAUGUCCUUCUACGACACAAGAUUACCUGAUUGUGUCGAGUACGCGUUUCAAGCUUUAGCUCUUGACGAGCGUAGAUCUGCCUUUUCGCCAGCUCUGUGGGAGAAGAGGCCUGGUAACACGACUGUACUUCGGCAAGUAUGGUUUCCAGGAGUUCAUUCAAACAUUGGCGGAGGAUUGCCUGAUCAGGAACUAGCCAAUAUCACGUUGGCUUGGAUGAUGUCGCAGGUGACGCCGUUCCUUGACAUGGAUCUGGAUUAUGCUUUAGAUCAACAGGACGACACCGAGCAGUACUACAAGGAGACGAAACAAAAGUCACGUCCUUGGUCGUUUGGAAAGAUCGUGAACUCAAUGACUGGUAUAUAUGCUAUAGGCGGUGCGACAACACGAACGCCAGGACGAUAUUAUGUUGUUGACCCUACAGAUGGCCGUAAGACCGAUAUACCACUACAGGCAACACACGAAUAUAUGCAUCCAUCAGUGCGAACCCGCUUCCGACUCAAAGGACCUGGUGUAGAUGACGAAGGGACCUACGACCCUAAAGCUUUGCAUGACUGGAAGUUGUUCGUAGAUUACGAUGGAGAAAAAGGCCGAGGUGGUCGACCGGAUGUCUUCUGGAAGCUGCGCACAAAUGAGCGAAACGUGACUACUCGCCUGAUACCAGAAGCACCACUAUUGCCACUGGAGCGAGAGCUGCUGGAAAUGGACCCCGAGAUGGAGGAAUUCGUCUUCAGACCUGCGCCUACUGCGAGGAACAGUGUACGGCGUGCGCGUGCAAAUAGUCGGAGCCAGAGUCGUAGGCGAUGA